CUUGAUUCUCAGAAGGGAGAAACUUCAUCUGCGAGAUGGGUGUCUACCGCAUCUGCGUCUCCACCGGGGACUCCGUGUACGCGGGCUCCAACAACGAGGUCUACCUGUGGUUGGUCGGACAGCAUGGGGAGGCAUCUCUCGGGAAGCUGCUACGACCCGGUCGGAACUCGGAGGCAGAAUUCAAGGUGGAUGUGUCAGAAUACCUUGGGCCACUGCUGUUUGUGAGAGUGCAGAAAUGGCAUUAUGUCACAGAUGACUCCUGGUUCUGCAACUGGAUUUCUGUGAAGGGCCCCGGAGACCAAGGAUCAGAGUACAUGUUCCCCUGUUACAGAUGGGUUCAGGGCACCAGCAUCCUGAGCCUCCCUGAGGGCACUGGCUGCACCGUGGUUGAAGACUCUCAAGGCCUGUUCAGGAAACAUAGGGAACAGGAACUUGAAGAGAGGAGGAGUCUGUACAGGUGGGGCAACUGGAAAGGUGGCUCAAUCCUCAACGUAGCGGCGACUAGUGUAUCUGACCUCCCUGUAGAUCAGCGAUUUCGAGAGGACAAAAAAAUUGAAUUUGAAGCUUCACAGGUUCUGGGGAAACUGGAUACUGUUAUCAACUUUCCUAAAAAUACUGUGACCUGCUGGAAAAGCCUAGAUGACUUCAACUAUGUUUUCAAGAGUGGCCACACCAAGAUGGCUGAGCGGGUUCGAAACUCCUGGAAGGAGGAUGCUUUCUUUGGGUACCAGUUUCUCAAUGGUGCUAACCCUAUGGUGCUGAAGCGGUCUACUCGUCUUCCUGCCCGCCUGGUAUUCCCUCCGGGGAUGGAGAAGCUACAGGCCCAGCUGAACGAGGAGCUCGAGAAAGGCACUCUGUUCGAAGCGGAUUUCUUCCUUCUGGAUGGGAUCAAGGCCAAUGUCAUUCUUUGUAGCCAGCAGUACCUGGCGGCCCCUCUUGUCAUGCUGUCGCUGCAGCCUGACGGGCAACUCUUGCCCAUCGCCAUCCAGCUUGAACUGCCCAAAAUUGGGUCUACCCCACCGCCGAUUUUCACGCCCUCGGAUCCCCCAGUGGACUGGCUCCUAGCCAAAUGCUGGGUCCGUAGCUCCGACUUACAGCUUCACGAGGUGCAGGCUCAUCUUCUGAGGGGACACUUGAUGGCGGAGGUCUUUGCUGUGGCCACCAUGAGGUGCCUGCCUUCGGUGCACCCUGUUUUUAAGCUUCUAGUUCCUCACCUGCUCUACACCAUGGAAAUUAAUGUCCGGGCCAGGAGUGACCUGAUCUCAGAGAGAGGCUUUUUUGACAUGGCGAUGAGCACAGGUGGAGGGGGCCACCUGGAUCUUCUCAAGCAAGCCGGGGCCUUUCUGACCUACAGCUCAUUGUGUCCCCCUGAUGACUUAGCUGAGCGAGGACUCUUGGAUAUUGAGACUGGCUUCUAUGCUAAAGAUGCCCUGCAGCUCUGGCAAGUCACAAAUCGGUACGUGGUGGGAAUAUUUGAUCUCUACUACAAGACCGACGAAGCUGUUCGAGAUGACUAUGAACUGCAGAGCUGGUGUCGAGAGAUCACUGAAAUUGGGCUGCAAGGUGCCCAGGACAGAGGCUUCCCCACCUCUCUUCAGUCUCGGGCUCAGGCGUGCCACUUCAUCACCAUGUGCAUCUUCACGUGCACUGCGCAGCACUCUUCCGUCCACCUGGGCCAGCUGGAUUGGUUCUACUGGGUUCCCAAUGCACCCUGCACCAUGCGGCUGCCACCACCUACCACCAAGGGCGCGACGAUGGAGAAGCUGAUGGCUACACUGCCCAGCCCUAACCAGUCUACUCUCCAGAUAAAUGUCGUUUGGCUCCUGGGCAGACGCCAGGCUGUUAUGGUGCCCCUGGGCCAGCAUUCAGAGGAGCACUUUCCAAACCCUGAGGCCAAAGCUGUGCUGAAGAAGUUCAGAGAGGAGCUGGCUGCCUUGGAUAAGGAAAUUGAGAAUCGUAAUAAGAGCUUGGACAUACCUUAUGAGUACCUUCGGCCCAGCAUGGUGGAAAACAGCGUGGCCAUAUGAGCAUCCCCCCUCUCGCUUUGUUGUUUAGUCAAGAAGACCCAAGUGUAUCGCUGUGCUUGAGUGGGGGCAGUCCUCUCCUCCCAAGCCCUGCCCUCUGCCUACCAAGCCCCGCCCUCCGCCUACCAAGCCCCGCCCCCACCCUCCAAGCCCUGCUUUCGGCCCAUGUGGGACCCUUCUCCAAGAGUCAGCUUUCCAGUGCCUGCUGUAGUGAACACAUUUUGCUUUGACUGCAUUACCCAGAGUGCCACCUUUCAUUCAUCCUUUCUGCUUUUCCUUCUCCAUAAAUAAAAGCCAUGCUCAGGAAAAGCCCCUCAGGAACACAAAAGGGUGAUAAUAUACAUUGUUACACACCAUUUAUGAAUCAAAUAGAUUUCAAACAUUAAUAGAAUCUAAUAACAACAAUAAAAGAUGCUUUGGGCUAGUGAUAGAAGAGAACACAGACCUAAUUAUUUUAAAUAAACUGUUGCAAAGAUUGUAGAGCA